AUAGAAAUCUGUGAGAGAAAAGGAGUGGUGAUUAGGCUGUCUUUGGCAAAAAUUUAUGUUUUUUAUAUGGUUUAAGUUGAUUUUGUAACUUGUGUUUCUCAAUAUUAACUCAUAAAGUUGUUAACUGUGUCCUGUAUUGGUGGCAAUGGUUAAAAACUGUGUUAAAUGCUUUAAUUAACGUUGUUAACUCGGGUUAUGACGUUUACUACGAUUUUUGCAUGUGUGCGUGUGUAUUCAUCGUGACAGCAUUGCCGUUGAUUGUUCAAGCGAAUCUUGUAACGGUAUAUUCUAUGAGAAUGCUCGUUUGGAAUUCUAUACAUAGAAUGCCACAUUAAACUGUGAAAAAGAUCAGAGGAAUCAAGAUGGCGUCCGAGAUUGCGCGCCAAAUCCCGCUUAGAAUCCAGCGCCAUCUGUCAACUUGCGAUAAAAGCUUCCGUAGUUUAAAUUGUUCGGACCGUUCGAAAUAGUGCAUUUGAUACUCGUGAUGUGAUAGUGUUUUAGUUUAGUGUAGUUUAGUGUUGUGUUGUGACUAUGUCGGAGGAGAGGUCGCGCCGUUUGUCACAGAUAUUCGACCCGUUGUCUAGGUUUAUGGAUCAUAGCGGCGCGGGACAAUCGGUUAGUACGCCGAACAGUCCCAGGUUGUUACCGAGGCGCGCUAGAGAACCCCCACCACCACCUCCUAGGCCUUUCGGACAUUCGUCCCGGUUGGACGAGCUUGAGUAUGAGCUGGCGGUCGCUGAGGCGGAUGUCAAUUGGCAGGAGAGAUGCUUGGAACUUCAGCUGGAGUUGCAUCGCAGCCGGCAUCAGGCCACCAGGGUCAGAGACAUGCUCAGAGAUAAGCUCUCCGAGCUCGAACAACGGGUUUUGGAAGCUGAGGGCAGAGCGGAAGAAGCGGAGGAUAAGGUCCGCGCCAUGGAGCAGCGACUAUGCGAGUGGCCGGCGGGCGCUGAGGGUGCUCCUAAAGCGAUCUCGCGUCUAGAGGGCCAGAUAGAAGAACAGAAGCAUCUUCGGCUCCAAGACGCGAAGCAGGUCGAAGCGAAAGCGGCGCGGAUCAAAGAGUGGGUGACAAACAAGCUGCGAGAAUUGGAGCAGCAGAACCAGCAGCUGAGAGAACAGAACGACCGCUGUAAUCAACAGCUGGAAUUGUUAAGGAAUCACAUAGCAGCGCAGGGAAGCAGGAAUUGUGCUGUCAGUGCUUUCUUACCGUCACGUGGGAGUCUAUCCCUCGAAGUGAGAUCUGAGGAAGGCAGUCUGGCUAACAGACGGCGUUCUGAGAGCUUGGAAGGUCCACAGCUGCCAAUAAACUCUGAGCCCCACUACAGUACUCCGGUGAGACACAGACGGAAUCUAUCUAUUGGUACAACAAAUCUCACACAGACGAACACAACCACCCAAUUGACCACCAUGAAUAGAACCAUGGAUGAAAGGACCACAGCCAGUCUACUGGCUGACGAUUUGGCGGCUGCUGUUGAAAACUUAGUGGUGUUGCCAACCACACCAAACACCUCCACUGAUGGGGAUACCACACAUGAUUAUGCUGAAAUAUACACACCAAGCAGAGAACGUACUCCGGCAUGGCAGGGCGUGAAUGUGGUAGUUCAAGGCAAUAGCCGUGGAGGGUCGUCUACUGGUGACAGUUCAUCUUCAGAGCAACCUCGCCCGCCGACUCCGCCCCUACACAGAUUUCCUAGCUGGGAAGCCAAGAUAUAUCAGGUUGCUGAUGAUGGCCUCCAACAGUCUGUGGAAGAGGAACUCAGCCCCCCUCCCUGUACUCGAGCUGUGCAUGAAUCCACCAGCUAUCAGGAUAUAUCAGUUCCAGUUUAUGCUACUGUCAAAGGGCGCGCUAGUCAGAUCCGUUCAAUGCCGUUCACGGGAGAUUCCUCCGAUGAUUCCAGUGACGGUGAAGAGUCUAUGGGAGUCACAGUACACAACACGCCACAUCACAAUCCCGUUUAUGGCCAGCCGUCUACUAUUAACAAUAUCAAUCUGACGAGUGUUCUGCCAGCGUCUAUACAACAGACAUCCGCUUUAAACAAUGGCCAAUGUAGUUCUUCGGACACGAGUCUAAGCGCUAGCAGUCCAUCCAAAAGCGUCAAAACCAGCUCCAGUUUGAGUCCAGCCAAAAGAUCUAGCAGCGGCUCACCCAGCAAGCAGAGCAAAACUAGAGACACGUCAUUCGAAUCCGGUAUGUCGGAUGACUACGCGAUCCCGCCUGAUGCGGUGUCCUGCGAGGGGGCGAGCGGAGUCCCAGCGGGGAGCGGGGCAGCCCGGGACUCGCCACGGAGACAUGACGCCCUGGAAAAGAGCGGACACCUCGCCAAGCUGGGGGGAAAGCUGAAGACUUGGAGAAAGAGAUGGUUCGUCCUUAAGAACGGUACAUUGUCCUACUGGAAGUCGGCCUCCGACGUGACUCGGAAGCCGCAGGGUCAGAUCGGACUCGGCGAGGCCUGUAAGAUAUCAAGGAACGACGGUGGCGCAACCUUCGAGAUAUUCACCGGAAGUCGAACCUACUACCUCACGGCGGACAGCAUCGCUACUAUGGAGGAUUGGAUAAGGGUUCUACAGAAUGUCCAAAGACGCAAUGCGACCAAGUUAUUAUUGAGCAAAGAAGACAAUAAGCCGACCAUACAAGGCUGGCUGACUAAAGUUAAGAACGGACACGCCAAGAAGAGUUGGUGCGUCCUGUUGGGGAAAAUGUUCCUGUACUUUAAGUCACCAGGCGAUCAGAAUCCCACUGGCCAGAUCAACAUGCGGGACGCUCGUGUCGAGGACGUGGAACACGUGUCGGACUCCGACUCUGAAGAGAAGAAUGAUGACGGAAGGAAUCUCACCGUGGCUAUAUACCCGCAGCAUCAGCUGACUGGGGGCCCCACUUACCUGUUGUUUGAAAGCAAGUCAGACAAGGAUUCGUGGUUAUACCAUCUGACGGUGGUGAGCGGCGGCGGCCUCAGUCAGGGGACGCACUUUGAACAGCUUAUACAGAAACUGAUGGAGACUGAUGGAGAUCCCAAUUGCGUUCUGUGGAGGCAUCCGACGCUUUUAUAUUCCAAAGAAAACAUUACAUCGCCACUGACUUCACUAAAUUCUGAGGCACUACAGGCUGAAGCAUUAAAACUAUUUAAAUGCGUCCAAUUAUUCAUGUCUGUGGCGGUGGAGCACGCGGGUAUAGACUACCACGUGGUGCUGGCUCAGAACGCGUUGCAGCAAUGCCUGGAGGUCGGCGAGCUCCAGGACGAGCUGGUCUCAGCGCUGUGCAAACAGAGCACUCGCACGCACACUAAGCACGGCGUGCAGCAACUGCUGCUAUGCGCCACGCAGUCGUUGUUCACUUGCGACACGGGCGCCUCAGUCGGCAGCGACAACAAAAGCGACCUGCCGCAGAACUCGGCGGGGUCGCCCAGUUCGAUACAGGCACCAUUACUAUCAGUGGAUUGUAAGAGCAACCCGCCCACGUAUAGCUUCGUCCAGGGUUGGCAGCUGUUAGCCCUGGCUGUCAGUUUGUUUGUUCCCAGAAAUAACAGGCUAUUGUGGUAUCUGAAGCUACACCUGAGUAGACAUUCAGAUUCUAAAACGGAGUGCGGUAAAUACGCGGCGUAUUGUUCACGUGCGUUGGAGAGGACUUUGAGAAACGGAGGACGAACAGACAAACCGUCGAGGAUGGAGGUGCUGUCCAUAUUACUGAAGAAUCCCUAUCAUCACUGUCUGCCUCACGCUAUACCUGUUCAUAUGCUGAAUAAUACCUACCAGGUUAUAAGUUUCGACGGUUCCACUACGGUAGAGGAGUUUCUAUCGACCCUCAGUACCGAGCUCGGCUGCCGCGAGUCCUCCGCCUCGGGGUUCGCGUUAUUCAGCGACGAUCCCAUAGAGAAAGAUCUGGAGCAUUACAUACAACCCGAUAAAAAGUUGUGUGACGUUAUAUCUAAAUGGGAGACGGCUCUGAGGGAAAAGGGCUCGGGAAAGUUCGAGAACUCACGAGUUAUUAGACUGACGUACCGCAACAGAUUGUACUUUAAGAGUUCAGUACGAACUGAAACGGACAAAGAGAGACUGCUUCUAUGCUAUCAAGUGAACCAACAAGUGGUAGCGGGUAGGUUCCCGGUGUCUCGCGAGCUGGCAGCUGAACUGGGAGCGUUGAUGGCCCAGCUGGACGCUGGUGAUCAUCAUCAUCAGCAUCACCAGCCGCUGGCACAGAGGUUCUACCCUUACCGGUACAGGGCUGGACUUAACAACGAGGAACUCAGAGAGCUAGAAGAAAAACUCCGCUUGAAAUGGGUCGCUUUAAAAGGUCGAAGUACAGCUGACUGUGUUCGUAUCUAUCUGAAUUGUACCAGAAAAUGGCCGUUCUUCGGAGCCACGCUGUUCCAAGCAAGGAUAAAGCAGCCCGAGCUCUCUCUAUCGUGGCUCGUGGUGUCAGAGGAAGGAGUGUCUGUAUUGGAGCUGUCCUCUAUGGCGGUGUUGGGGAGAUAUCCGCUGGCUUCCAUUGGACUGUUCGGGGGAUUGCAGGACGACCUAAUGAUGUUGAUAGACGGGGAAGACGCCAACACUCCAGUACAUAAGAUGGUGAUCAGUCUCAAUAAGCCCAAGAUGGCGGAGCUAACGCAUCUCAUAGCUGAUUACAAGAACGUCCGAACAACAAUGCCAGGGACGCCGCAAAUGAAUUCUCUCACGCGCAACAACAGCCAUCGCUCCAUACGAAAGCCGGCGACGUUACCGCACCCUACACCCUCGCACCCCCAGCACCCUCAUAACACCCUCAAUUCACACGCAACCACUAUGACGCUAUCAGACAGGAAUGCCACCCUAACUCUGAGCUCAGUGGACCGCGUCUCACACGGACAACCAGAUAUAUUGAAAUCAACUCCCGACCAUAGAGAUAAGAAGAGACAUGUGGAUGUUGCGUGAUCUAGGAUGUAAGUAAUGCGGUCCUCAUAAGGCGUCCUACAAACGGGCGUUUUUAGUUGCGUUUUUUUUAAACAACAUUUUUGCAUUCACACAUAAAUUACUUUCAUACAAACAUAUAUAAGAGGCGAACAUCUUUAAAAUUUACAAUUCCAUUGUACUACAAGAUUUAAAAAAAAAUAUGUUAAGACAAACUGUAAGGGUUUAUGAUAUAAAAACGCUUCUAUACAAAAACAGCUAUCUUUGAGAUGCGCCUUUGAAAUGACCGCAUUACUUGUUAACAUAGUUAAAUACCUCAUAUUUUGUAGUGUUAUUGAGUCAUUUUAAUGAGUCUCAUAAUAUAAUAUUUUAGUACGAGGUCGCUAUAACGCUUGACGUGCUUAGAGUGUGCGAAUUACUCACUAAACGCAGUCUAGACGAAAGUUGAUGUAGUUACACUUUAAUUACGUGAUAUAUUACAGUGUAAAUGUAAUUCAUAUCAUAUAUCAACUGAAAUUAACAUUAAUAUAUAUGUAUAUAUUUUAAUGUUUCCAACUAAUAAGCACAUUGAUUAUUAUUAUUAUUAUUUUUUACAAUUGAUAUUUAUAUUUUUUUCGAUAUAAUCUGUUAUUCAAAUCAUUUCGAGUGACCUGUAGUAUAUCACCUAAUUAUCUCCUUAUACAUAUGUGCAGGGUAUAUUAAAUGCUAUGUAGAAACGACUAGCGAUAGAUUACGAUAGAUGAAGUAGUUAUCCAAAGAUACUGCAUUAGUUAUAUAUAACCGGUACCGAGAUUCUUAGUGAUUAAUGAUUAGAUAAUUAUCAAUAUGUAUUCGUAAUAAAAUAAUGAUAUGAUUAUGAUAUGAUGAUGAUAUUCGAUGUAUUGUUAUUGAAUGAUAUAUUAUUAUAGUACAAUAAUAUAACGAUGUAUUUUUUUUUUUAUACAUAUCUAUUUUAUUAUUAAUUUAUCAAAAUUUUUGGUACUCACACUUUAUUAUAUUUUUUUUGGGCCUAAAUUCCAAUCGAUAAUAUAAAGCAUUGUACAAUUAUUAUUAUUUUUAUCAUUUAAAAUUAUUAUAUUACGUGUAUUUAAUAAUAGUAAUGAUAAUGUAUUUCCAGAUCUGACGAAAUUAAUAGUUUUAUUGACUGAAUGGAAACCACGAACAGCAACGAAGCUCGUUCAGUACCAUUAGCAGCCGAAUGUUAUAUAAUAGGUGGUGUUUGUAUAUCAUUAAGUAUAACUACUAGCUGUUAGUGUAAAUAUACGUGGAUAUGUUAGUUCAUAGCGAAACAUUCUUCAUGAAUUUAUUCAGUUACCUUGAACGGGAUGUCAUUUGGACGCUGUAGUCUCGCACCGAUUAAUACAACGGAUGAGGCCCUCUAGAUUGUUAAUGCCAAAUAUUCUUAUUUACUGUACAAAUAUAAAAAAAGUACUCUAAAUAUAUUUUCGUUUUGUAUAUAUUAAUGCCUUCUUCGUUGUAUUUCGUAGUAGACGGGCUGACUGUAAAGUUUUACUGGAACUGGCUAAUAAUUAGAGGUAGUUUUAUAUAUUGUAGGUACAAUUGUCCAUAAAUGAUAAAUAUUUUGACCAAUUUCGCUUCAGACGUGAUUUUACGCGAUUAUGGCCUCUAUAGCUACGAGUAUUUGUAUAUUUUCUUUAAAUUGCUAGGAGGUUUUUACAUUAAGUACGUUACGGUCGAAAAUCGCGUGAUCAUCAUUAUAUAAGCAGGUGAUAUUUGAUUGCACUUUUUGCAUAACACAAAACAAAAAUUAAACUGUUGAUAUUACUGUAAUAAAAACUAUUUUCUAUGAUUUCCUUUGUACUAUGUAUUGUAGUGUAAACGAAAUUAGGUUGUAUAGGAUCUAUAAUAAUUUAUUACUAAGUAUUUAUUAAAUAGUUUUUUUUUUUCAUUUAGUUUGUUGUUAGAUUACUAGGAAUUGGUUUUUCUAUGAUGUUUUGGCCUAAAACUGAGCCUAAUGUAAUUAAGGCCUAUUUUUGUAUGAUUGAUUUUGGCUGUUUUUUUUUAUGCAACAGUAAACUUGUACUAUCGAAACAUUAUUAUUUAUUCAUAAUAAUAAUCUACUAUGAAAUAAU